AUGGCAUUUAGGGUUGGGCCUCUGACAGUUGGGAGAGUGAUAGGGGACAUACUUGAUCCCUUCAUUCCCACAAUAGAAACAUCGGUUACCUACAACAACAAGCAAGUCAACAAUGGACAUGAACUUUAUCCUUCCCAACUCUCUUCCAAACCUAGGGUUGAAAUCCAUGAUGGUGAUCUUAGAACCUUCUUUACCUUGGUGAUGACUGACCCAGAUGUUCCUGGCCCUAGUGACCCUUAUCUAAGGGAGCACUUACACUGGAUUGUCACAGAUAUACCUGGCACCACAGAUUCCUCAUUUGGAAAGGAAAUGGUGCAGUAUGAAAUGCCAAGGCCUAUUAUAGGAAUUCACCGGUUCGUGUUUGUGAUUUUCAAGCAGAAUAGUAGACAAUCUGUUAACCGAAAACCCGAGUCUAGAGACAACUUUAAUACUCGACGGUUUGCUUCGGAAAAUUGCCUUGGAGCUCCUGUUGCCGCAGUAUUCUUCAAUGCUCAAAGGGAAACCGCAGCUAGAAAACGCUGA